UUUGUCAUUAUUAUUACCAGAGUGAUUCUGAGCAACAUCAGGAGAUGUGUGCUGCUUCUGAAUCUGUUGAGAUCAAUGCAAGCACAAAAAAGGGAAUAAGUCAACUUGGAAAAGUUCAUCGGGGUUUAUGUGAAUACUUCAAGCAUAUGAACAAAAUAGAAGAUUCUCUUCCAAUAAGAGCAAAAUUGACAAUGGAAACAUGGAACUUCAAAUUAGAGUCACAUGUGGGCAGAUCAUCCAACGUAGAACAUAAGAGGCUUCAUGAUAUGGAUGAUACUGCAUAUAACCAGCAAAAGAGUGAUUCUGAGCAACUUCCAGAGGAGUGUGCUGCUGGCGUAUCCAGUAAGUUCGAUCCAAGCACAAAGACAAUAAAUGAACAUGGAGAAGGUAAAUUUGAAAUAAGGAAAAAGACCGAAGAAGAGGGAAUGAAGACUGACAAAGGCAGACGUCAGGAUUCAUGUGCUUCCUUCAAGAACAUCAAGCCUUUGAAAAAGGAUUCACUUCGUCAAAGACCAAAAUUGAAGAUAGUAACAUGCAAAGUCAAAACAGAGUCCCAUAUGGGCAAGUCUUCACACGAAGAGCAACAGAGUCUUGAAGACACUGAGUACCACCAGCUACAGAGUGAUUCUGGGAAACAUCGAGAGGUGUGUGCUGCUUUUGUAUCCAGUAAAUUUGAACCAAGCACAAAGGCAAUAAAUGCACAUGGACAAGUAUCUCAGAACUCACAUGCUCCUGGCAAGCAAAUGAAGCCUUCCAUCAUAAUCAAAGAUUCUCUUCUAUAUAAGUCAAAACAGAAGCAAAAAAGAAGGACACUGAAAUCAGGUUCUUCACAUCACAUAAUAAAACAUAAAAAAAGUUACUGCUCACAGUGUUUACUACAAAAAAAAGCAAAACUGGAAAAUGACCUGUAUAAACUUGAAAAGAGAUAUACUGAAGAAAAAAGGGUAACAUUGGAGCUUAAAAAGGAAAAUGUAGCAUUGAAACACGAAGUUCAACAUUUGAGGGACCAGAUAAAUGAAAUAAAAAAUGAAGAUAAUAAAGAAAUUAAAAAGAAACCUGAAACAUCUGUCAGAAAAUUUGAUAUAGAAUUAAAUAUUACAGCAGAUGAAUUUAAUCAGGUUUCACAGUUGGAAAUGACAACCAGUGACCUAGAAAAUGAGAUUGGCCAGAAAAGAGAUACUCUCAGAGUAAGGACUUUGGUUUCAGAACAAGAAAAAAGACAUACAUAUAAAAAUGAACAAAGGGAAAUAGAAGAACACAUCAGAAAGCAGGAAUCUAUUAGACAGAGGAGAAUAUAUAGACUCCAAAGUGAAAUUACACAGCUUCAACAGGAAUUUCAUGACAUUAAAAUCAAAUUUGAAAAUCAAAUCGAAACAUCAAAUCAUAAACAAAACCAACAGUUUGACAUUAUAAGACAAUUGCAAGCUCAGAAUGAAAGAUACCGUCUCUUUCUGGAGAGCAGAAAUAUGAGGUUAAUCCAUGAAAAUAGUCUUUUACAAAAAGACAGCAGUAUGGAAAGAGAAAGCAGGAAAUGAAGGUAAGUAUCAAGCAAGUAAACUAUUUGAAUUAUCUUUGAAGGAGCACUCAAAGUGAUAUUUGUGUAUGGCUAAAUGAAUGUAAAAAUUCAAAUAUUAUAAACACAUUUUCUGUCUCAACACAGAAACAUAACUGAUUUCCAGCAAAUACAACUUAGACCUCAUUGAAGUGAUAAGUCUUCCAAUUUCCCUGAUCUGAUUGUUAUACAGUGUGUGCCCAUUUUGAAAUAACACUCUACCUCAUAAAUGUGUAAAGUUAUAAGCCAAUAAAACACAGAAGACUUAGAGUUACAUAGAACUCAUUUUAAAAUUUAAGAAAAAAAAUAUUGAAAACCUUGGACCUAAUAGAUACUUCAUUUUGAGUAAAGAAUUGUAAAGUUUUAAGAGGUUGAAUUACAGAUUUUUAGUAGCUAUAUAUGCUGACAUUCAUAAUAUAUUCUCAAUAAUGUUGAAACAAUAUCUAUAUUUGUUGCUGAUAAUUGAACCCCCAAAGCUUUGCACAUGAUAAUCACAUGAUCUACCACUGGAAUACACACUAUCCCCAUGUCUUCCUGUUGCCAAACUUUAAGACCAUGAGGAAAUAGAUAAAUGGAAAUGCUUAUACCUAAUUGCAAUUAACAUUUCAUUACAGAUUUUCCAGCCAAACUGAAAUGCAGAUGCUGUAUUUCAUGAUAUAUUUCUUUCACUAAAUGUUAUAUAUUUCUAGUUGGUAGAUUUAAUUGUAUUCAUGUCAAAUUGAUUUAAAUCAAAAAAUAGCUGACUGGAAUUCAUUUAUCUUCAUGACCUCUCAACUAUUUAAAAGCAUCUACUUUUCAUGAUCAUAAAUUGAGACAAAUGUGAUAAAUUGCAGCAAAACCAUGGUUGAUUAAAUGUGUAAUUUAUUGAUUACGUUCAUGAUAUCUUGCUCAGACUAUUCUUCAAAACUUAAUUGCUAUCAUGAAAAGGAUAUAGACUCAUCCAGUACAAAGAUAGUUAUACUCAUCUAUGAUUUAUUAAUUUGAAACUGAAUCUCCAUUUCUAGACUAUGAGGAUGGCCAGAUUCAGGUACAGCAGGGAAAGUAUGAGGACAAAUGAGAUUUUUUUUUAAAAAAAAAUGCAUGUCAUUUAGGAAAAAAUUGAAAUACUAAAUAAUUGUCUUGUGCAAUCCUCAAAGAAUCAAAAAGAGCCUACAGAAGGGUAAUAUAAUACUAACAGACUCCUGAUGGAGAAACAGCAGAGCCAAAUGGCAUAUGGUCCUCUGUGAACAAGUUCUGUCCCAUUGCACUCUUGUAUUACAAAUAAUUGGUUACCUCACAAAAGUUUUAUUCAAAGAGAAAAUGUAGUGAAUCCUACCAAAACUGAGUAGCUUCAUGUCAAAGCAUUGAGAACUAAAUGCUGAGAUUAGUUACAUUAUAUUUCUCUUUUGGGUUUCAGAUUUGAUUUCUGGUAGUCUUGUUCUGGCUUUGGUG